CACACGGCAACUUUCGAACAGGAAACCUAUUAGACGCUUCGCCUGUCGCUUUCUCUUUAUCCACGGCCACCGUCAUGUUAUUGCAGGAGCUUGAUUGACAGGUCUGAGCCCCUGCGGUUGCAGCAUGGACGCUGAAGAUGCCCACUUUGGGCAGGGCGUGUUUGGGGCUCAGUGCUCUAACCCAGCCAUGAGCAUCAUCGGCGCUGAGGAUGAGGAUUUCGAGAAUGAUCUGAAUGAUGUGCCAGAUGAGCAGUGCCCAUACUUCAAUAACAUAGACCUGCUGAAGGAUCGCCCGACCCACCUGCUGGUGUUCCUGCAACAUGUCAUCCUACAGUUUGACCCGGCCCCCCUGCUGUGUUACCUCCAUGCUGACCUCUUUAAGAACCUCAGUGCCAAAGAGACCAAGAAGCAAUUUGUGGAGUUCUUCAACACUUUCCUGGACAAGGGUGCAAUCCUCAGAGUGGCACUACCAUCUAAUGUAGCCUAUGAAUUGGACCGAACCCGUCCAGAUCUGCUCCAUGAGGACACCCAAAAGCGUUAUGCUCAGGAGGUUCAGAGCAUGCAGGCUGCUGAAGUGGCCAAACAGCUGGAAGAUUUCAGGCAAAAGAGGAUGAUGGGUAUGACGCCCAACGAGGCGGAACUCAUCGACGUGGAGAGCCACUAUCCCACCGACCGCAUCCCGAUGGAGAUGAAGGAGAAGUCUGUAGCUGAAAACCUGCUGGACAAGAUGUCUGAGACACAACCUUCAAUUGUCUCGGACGAGGAAAAAUGCCAAUCCAUCUUUUCAGCGGUGGCCUUCUUCAUGAAGCACCUUGGGGUUAAAACCAGGGCAGUUGACAGUAAGAAGUCCAGAGGAGGCUUCUUCAGGAGACAGCUGGUAAAGAAUAAGAAGGAUGAAUCCACAAAGGGCAAGCCCAGAGGGGUGUUCCCCGGCAUCCCCAGCUGGAUUGGAGGCACCACUGACGUCAAACCUAAAACGGAGGCUGAAGCUGAAAAGGAGAAAGUGAAUCCAGAGCGUAAGGGUCCAGCGCCCGGCAGAGGUUCCUUGACCGACUGUGCAGCUCCCUCCAUCCCCAGCAGGAAGCCUGGCUCCACCGGAAGCCCCGCCUCCCUGCCUGGGUUAGAGAUCAGCGAUGGGUCGGGCAACAACAACAGCACCACCAACAGCCCCGAGUCUUCGCACAUUGAUGGCGUCUCAAGCAAUCGCUUAGACCCUCCGACCCUGUCAGACGGGGGUGACAUCUCCCCCGUCGGGUUGGGAGGAGGGCUGACCAUCGGCGAGCCCCUCUCACCCAUGGACACUCCCACAGAGGAAAAUGUGGAGAAAGGUGACAGACGGAAGACAAGUAGGAAGGUGGGGCGUAGCGAGAGUGCCCGCGUGGACCGGCACUCCUCUCGCCGCCGUGGCUCUUCCCGGGCCAAACAGUCUCGCUCCCGUAGUGAUGUGGACCUGCAGCCUCCUUCUUCCACGACAACAUCACCUGCCCCGCUCACCCCCCAGCACCUCCAUCCCUCCGACGGACCGGUUACUUUCCCUGAAGGGCCCGGCCACUCCCCCACCAGCCCCUCCCCACAGCUGGACGAGGUGGAUCCACGCCUCCUGGAGUUUGAGCAGGACCCGCCCAACUGGAGGGAGCUGGCUCCCCCUGAGGCCCUGUCUAGUCUCAGCAAGAAGGAGACCAAGAGGCAGGAGGUCAUCAAUGAGUUGUUUGCGACAGAGCACGCCCAUGUGCGGAUGCUAAGUGUCCUUCAGAUGGUCUUCUCAAAGCCCCUGGAGAGAGAGGAGCUCCUUACCUCCCCUGAGGUGGCCGCCAUCUUCCCCAACCUGGAUGAGAUCAUUGAGAUGCACUAUAACUUCUACGAGAACUUGAAGAAACUGCGUCUGGAUGACAACUUCAUAGUCAAAUCUAUCAGCACCACAGUGCUCAACAGAUUUGAAGGUACAGAGGGAGAGUGGUUCCAGAAAUUGACAGCCCGGUUCUGCAGUCAUCAGUCGUGGGCCUUGGACCAGAUCAAGAGCAGGCAGAAGAAAGAGCCACGCUUCAACUCCUUCAUACAGGAGGCAGAGAGUAAGCCCCAGUGCCGCAGGCUGCAGCUCAAGGACAUCAUCCCCAUAGAGAUGCAGAGACUGACCAAAUACCCGCUGCUGCUGGAAAAUAUUGCCAAGAGCACAGAGGACCCGACAGAGAAGGAGAGGAUCCAGCAGAGCGCAGAGUGCUGUAGAAAGAUCCUCAACCAUGUCAAUGAGGAGGUCAAAGUGAUGGAGAACCUAUUGACUCUGAAGGACUACCAGCGAAGACUGGACACAUCAGGGCUCAAACCCAGUAAUGAGCUUUAUACUGAAUAUAAGAACAUCGACCUGACGCAUAAGAAGAUGCUUUAUGAAGGCCCUGUGACCUGGAGAGUCACAAAGGAGAAGGCAAUUGAGGUGCAGUGUGUGUUGCUCGGGGACCUGCUGGUGCUCUUACAGAGGCAGGACGACAAGAUGGUUCUCAAAUGUCAGAGCAAGAGUAACAUCGCCAUGCAGGAGGGCAAGCAGAUGCUGAGCCCCAUCAUCAAGCUGGACUCAGUCUUCCUACGUGAGGUGGCCACAGAUCGGAAGGCUUUCUAUGUGAUAUUUACCUGGGACAGCGGCGCUCAGAUCUAUGAACUGGUGGCUCAAUCUGUUGGAGAGAGGAAAAUCUGGACUGAUGUGAUUAAGUCAGCAGUGGAUGAUCUGAAGAAGAGUGGAGCACCCAUGAGGUUGCCACUGCCUCCUGGAAGUGGAGGAGCUCCCUUCAGUCCCACGCUGAAUGCCCCUUUGAGCCCGACUGAGAAUGGGGGUUUGAAAAGCAGCAGUGAUCGAGAUAAAGACAGCUUGACGGAUGACAAGUCUUCAGACCCCAGGCACAGACUGAUUGAUUUCCUGUCAGACAAAGGCUUCGACUUGAUAGGCCACUCCAACAGCGAUCAGGAGAAGGUGGCCAACAGUGCUUUGGAUGAAGUCAUGUCACUGAAAAGGCUGCUGGUCGGCAGCAUCAGUCUAUCAGAAGACUCUCAGCCUGACGAAGAAAACGGAGAGGACCAAUCUGAGAGGCCCGGUCAAGAAUCAGAUAGCUGUCAGUCAACAGAAGAAAGCCAGACAACAGACAGGGGAGCGGAGGAGGAGAACGAUAACUCUUGUGAAAAAGAAGGCGUGGGGACGAAGGCAGAGGAGGAGAGGAGCAUCAGUGCACCGCUGGUGUUGUCCCAGGAGAGGAUGGAGGAAGUGUGCAGGAGGCUCCACAGUCUGGAGGAACAACUAAAGAGACUACAGACUGUAGAAGAGGAGCACCACAGGCUGCAGGAGGCCCUUUCCAAGUUCUCACUGGAGGGGGGUCACUUCCAGUAAGACACCAUCACGCCACCUGCUGGCCACUAGAUUUCUACUGGUGCUGGUUUGGAGUGCGAGAGUGACUUUCAGAGGGUUCCCUGGAAAUUCCUAAACCCUCACAAGUCAUGCCUGGACCCUUUGCUGCAUUAGGGGGCUUUAUGCACAGUGCAGUGGUUCAGUGACGAACAUGGGAGGUGUGUGCAUGUGUAUGUGUGUCUGUUUGCGUGCAUGCUUGGUAGAAAGGUAUACAAAGACAAAAAAAACAAACAAAAAAAAACGGGACAUCCUACUUUUGAGUGGGAGGUUGUUUUUUGCAGAGAGGUGCCAAAAAAAAAAGGAAGAAGCAAUAUUUUGCUGUGAGAGAGAUGCUGCCUAACAAAAUGUAGUGAUUGCAAUCUGCUGUAACACACAUACGCACACCGGAGACAUGCACGCUAGAGAAUGAUUUACAUUAUUGCCAAUAGCAGACGUGCAGUAAAGGAGAAAUCCUAUGUUUGCCCGCCAGGUUCGCUCUAACCAGGUGGAAGCCUCAAGGGGCCAAUGUAGCGUUUGAAGAUGUAUGGAAAUACUACUGCUGAUAUAUAGUGUUAUUUCUAGUCUAUGCCAAAGCACCACGGAGAUGCACUUUUUUCUGAUCAAACCAAGUUGAACCCACACUGUUUAUGCGAAAUUUAUUUACUCUCUAUGUAGUGCCAUUUUUGAACAGUUGGGCUUCACGUGGGCAGCACUCAUUAUUGAAAAGAUUGCAUGCGUGAAAGUGUGUGUAUGUGUGUUACAAAGUUUUUUAAUUAAGGAUGUGCUUAUUUUGAGGGUUCUUACUGUCAUUAGGUCACAUAGAAACAUUUAUAAAUAGUAGCACUAUAGGUAAUCAUGCUGUUAAUAAUGGAGUCUUUUUUUUUUUUUUUUUUGUAUUUACCACUUUUAUUUAUUCCUCUGAGUUCCGAUUGGUCAGCGAGUUGCCUCACCUGAGUGAAACUGUUACCGCACUGGGCCAAAGAAAAAGAACGUGUUCGAGAAAAGAUGAAACGCAAGAACCUGGAAUGUGUAACGUAGAUCAAGGUAGAGAGAGAAGGAGAGAGAUGUUAGAAAGGGACGGGGCGGAGUUUAGAGGUUGCUUUGGUUAUUUGAAGCCGGCUUGAACCAGACGGUCAUGAGAAGAUGUGUAGAGAACAUGAGAGUAGGAUUUGUGCUUACUGUAUUAAGAAAUGUAGACACACACACAUACAUACACCAACAGACACUCAGAGCCCAGUGCUACAGAAGUAUUCACAAAGGUCACUCAGUGCCAGCAUCAUUUCCGCAGUGUCACCUUCCUCUUGAUUCACAGCUCCUGAUCCAAAACACGGACUUAAGACGGGGUUAUAAAUUGUAUUAUAUGAUGUUAGAUUCUCAUGUUCUUAGCAAAAGAUUCUAUUUUUUCCCUGAUAGCAAUAUUUGUAUCAAAACUGAGCUCUGUGUUUGUAUUUUAUUCAGCAGUUGAUUGUAAUUAUGAUGAUGUUGAUGAUAUAAUUUCUGAGUAGUGGCAUAACUGUGGCCGUGCACACAGGACCAAAGACAUAAAGCACCGUUAGAUCCUCAUACGAGCUGUAAUUCUCUUAUCGACAUGCUUCAUCUGCGUACAGUAGUAGCGUGUCACUUAAUGCUGAUGGCAUUAAGUUUGGAUUUGGCAACAAGUAGCUGAGGAAUAUUAGACUGCCUUCACCUUAUGGCCAAACUGAAACUGUAGAUCAGUGGUUCCUUGCGUACACUUCAGUGCAGCUCGUGGUGUGACAGGAUAGAGUUAUUGAACACGUGGGACCAGCUCCAGCAGCAAAGAAACACCCAACAAGACGGUGAAGCCAGAUGAGGACACAAAGGAAACGUUUAAGGGUUUGGAGGAAGGAAAACAGCAGUCUCAGUCGUCAGCACUGUGAUCACGAUCACUUCCUGACACACAUUCUCACUGUUGUUGCCACAGCUACAAGCGCCCCUGUUUGACCCAACUGAACCUCAGCGUGAACUUAUGCAAAACUCAGUGCGAUUACAUUCACACGAUGCUAAAUUAUAUGAGUUUGUGUUUGAACAUCACUGCCAUCUCUCCCCACGUCUUCCUCUUAGAAACUGUAAAUAGGUGUUAGCUUGAAGGACAAAAACAAAUUGUGAUGAAAACGUAAAUUUGCCCUCCUGUUAGCUACGUACAGCUCUUGACGCUCACUUGUGAUGGCAUGAUCACCUUUUCCUACCGCACAGUUUUAUCAUAUGUUACCUAAACGGGUCGGGGAGGUUUUGUUACUGUUGUUUUUUUUUUCCCAAACAAGUUUUUGUAAUUAUGUGCUAUGCAUUUGGCUGUAACGGUGAGAGAGACAGGACUUGUCUGUAACUUGUCUAUGCAUGAAUGAGUUUAACAAGCAUUGCAAAUGUUGUAACCACAAUUUCCUGUUUUGUUUUUUUUGUUGUUGGUGUGCACGAUAAAGCGUUAACCCGCUCUGUACUGUGGCUAUCCAGCUUACCAAUGGGAUCCAUUUAAACAGAUCAUCUCAACCGGGGAUUUUUAACUGUCCAGCUGCAGUGGUCAGCAGGUGAAACCCAGUAAACACCAGCUUCACUCGCUGUCUCUCCUCCUGACGCUUUUCCUCAUGCAUUCUAUAUACAAAUACCUAGAUGUAUAGAACAUGUAUUUAUAGAGUGGUGCCUUGUUCCGACGAUCUUCAUCAAGGGCUCUUCAGUCUACAAACACAAUCACCGUUUCGUCUGCGCUCUUUCGUGGAGGACUGUGACCUCUGACAGUGGAAGACGACGACGACGACGAAAAGACUGAUAACAAUUGAGAGAUGAUCCCAGGAUCCUGCUUUUGUGUCCACCUCCAUUACAGCAAUAGGAUGCGAGCCCUCCGCCGACUCAGCCAGCCAGUGCCCUGUGUAGAAAAGACAUUGCUCCAUGUCAUGCAGGCAUCUGCCAUCUUGUCUAUCUAUAAACAAUGAAUAUGCAAGAACUAUAUUGUGUAUUUGGGUUUUGAUUUUUAUCGUGUAAGAGGCUCUUUAAUGAUGUAUACUUAAGGAAAAUUGUGGUACGUUCUGUUUUUUAAUUCUUCAUUUUUUAAAUAAAUUGGGGAAAUAAAU